CAGUAGAGGAAGUAAAACAGGUUAUUAUUAACAGGAAGUGGUUUUUCACUUCCUGUUUGAAGGUCAAAACGUGAAGCAUCUUCAAAAGGAAAAAUGGCAGCGGGAGAGGCAACAGAGGACUACCCACAUGAAAUCGACGAACAGCUGACGACGUUCGAUUCCUCGGUGAACGCUGUGAAAACCAUGCUGGAGAAGCUGAUGUCCAUGUCCAGGAACGACCUGAUGAAGAAGCUGGAUCCUUUGGAGCAAGCGAAGCUGGAUCUGAUGUCUGUCUACACUCUUAAUUCAUUGUUCUGGAUGUAUCUGGUGACAAAGGGAAUAAACCCAAGAGAACAUGGAAUCAAGCAGGAGCUGGAGCGCAUAAGGACUUACAUGGACAGAGUCAGAGAGAUCACCGACAAGAAGAAAGCAGCGCGGCUAGACAAGGGAGCCGCUUCGCGUUUCUUGAGGAACGCCCUUUUUGAUCCCGAUGACAAAGAGUUGAAAAAGGCUGCGUCCAAGAAGCCAGCCGAUGCUCCCUCUGAAGUGCCACAGAGAAAACGCCCCAAACAGAGCUGAGCCUGAGGAAGAGCCGCUCGGUCUGCUGUCAUGGCGUGAUUGUCCUGAAGAUGGGGUGACGGAAGCAAAUGAUGAAACUGCUAAGAUGAAGUCAAGAGAAGGCAAAUAUUUGUCUCACUCUAGGGGAGUUUGUUUUAAUUCAACCCUCGGAUGUCGAUCUUCUAAUGUUCACUGGCUGUUUUAGAGAUUUGCAAAAUGCUAAUUUAUCUGCUCGGCUUGUCGAGUUGUGCUGCUGUUGAGACGUUCCUUCAGAUCUCUUUAAUUUGUUGUGAAUUCUAUGAAUGCAAUUCAGAUAUAUGUAUAUUUAUACAUAUAAAUAGUUGGUUGUUUUUAUUUGUUCAUUCUUUUUCCUGUAUUGGUUUAAAACUUUUUACCGUUCAUGUGACCUGAAGAGACGUAAGCUUUAAAAAGACAUUUGUCAUUGAGUUUUGGGUGCUUGUGUUAUGCUUUUUGCUUCACAUGUUUACUCAUUUCUGAAGUCUCCAAAUAAUACAAAAAAAUAAUAUCA